CAGCAUAGUCGUACAUCAUGCUGCUCACCGUCUCUCUCCUGAUUUCUGUCUUCUCUCUGUCUGGAGGGUUAGAGAGUGGUAUUGUAGGUGGCAAAGAGGUUAAACCUCAUUCCAGACCAUACAUGGCAUCUCUUCAGUAUAGAAGACAGCAUACGUGUGGAGGGAUGCUGAUAAGUGAUGAUUAUGUGCUGACUUCGGCCCACUGUUUGGACAAGUCCACCAACUUCUUAGAAGUUGUUCUGGGAGCUCACAAUAUUAGCCAGAACGAGGACAGCCAGCAGAUUAUCCAAGUAGACAAGUACAUCAUACAUCCUAAGUAUGAGAAUGAUGCCUUGACCUAUGAUAUCAUGUUACUAAAGAUGAAGACCAAAGCUGUGCGAAAUGAGUUUGUGGAUGUUAUUGAGCUGCCUGAAAACAAUGAGGGUAUUCCUGCUCAUGUGGAGUGCUCCAUUGCUGGCUGGGGCAUGAAAAAACCCAGAGGAAGAGCCUCAGAUGUUCUGUGGGAAGUCAGCCUCAAACUACAGUUUAGCUUUGAAUGCAAAAACAAGUGGAAACACCACUUCAACUCUGAGAAAAUGAUCUGUAGUGUCUCAGAUGGGAAACGGGCGUUCUGUCAGGGUGAUUCUGGCAGUCCUCUGUUUUGUGACUCUGAACUUAAAGGAAUGGCUGCAUACACAUAUCCUAAUGACUGUACAAACAAGAAAUACCCUGAAGUCUAUAUGAAAAUAUCUGCCUUCCUCCCGUGGAUUAAACAAAACAUUAAGUGAUUGAAAUAGCAUAAUUUACUCAAACAAAUUAUCCAUCAUGUGUUUAAGCCUAAAAAGCUCUUUUAUUAAUUCUUGGCUGUUCCCGAUGCUAUUUCCAUAAUUAUGGAAUGUCAUGCAUAUGGUUAAGAACAAUUUAUUUUUACUUUUUAUUUUUCUCAGUCCUGUAUGAUAUAACCCAUUUAAUUUGCAUAUACAUUUUAAAAGGAUAAUUUACAUCUCACAAAAUUAAAGAUAUUGAAAAGACAAACAUAUUGAAAUGCA